AUGAUCACAACAACAACAGCUGGCAGCGUCUUUCUCGACCGCGCGCCUCUCUGCCCAUCUCCCCUCCACAUCCAGAAGAAAUCGCGAAAAGCUACUUUUCGAAGGCGAAUAUUCCACGACAUCAUCGACGAGAUCAAGAGCGAUAUCUGGGAGUCACCACCCGACUACAGCUUCAACUCAUCCGUCUUUGAUUGGGCGCAACCGCUCAGGGCACCUUUGGCGUGGACCGUAACACCUCUGCCUGUUAGUCGCGCUCCGAGCGACCAACCUCUGACGAUACGCAAGAACAGAAACAGCCGGUCCUCAGCCUCAGGAUCCAGCUUUGGAGAUCAGAUGGCGUUCUCGCGCAAGAACAGCCAUAUCGAGCCCGAAAACGGCGACCCAGUACGUUCUAUGCCUACCACUGCAUUGACCCCUUGGCCGUUGAUCGAUGUGGCGUCCAACGAGCCUGCGCACCCUCUCUUUGUCGCCGAUAGCGCUGAACACAUGAACGCGCAACAGGCUCUUGAGAAGGCGAUUAGCAACACUGAAGGUAGCAACGAACCCCUGAAGCGGCGCAUGUCGUCAAAGCUUCGAUCGUUCACCAGUGGUCUACCUCUCUUACGUCGUCACAACACUGGAGAGACUAGCGCUGGUAUUAGCGGUUCGCCGAGUGCAACGUCGCCAACAGCAGCUACAGCGCUUGCGGCUCACGAUGAGGCUGGAGAAGGCUCAGAAAUCAAGCGUCCGGACGACCAAGCUGUCGAGGCCUACCUGCUGAGCAACGCCCGCAACGGAGACGAGUUCACCUCCCUCAUGGGAUGCAUCUCGAAGCGCAUUCCUUCCCCGACUGACUUUGAUCAUGAGGCUUCGGAGGCACAGGUGUCAGACUUGACCUCACACUUGCCGACAACCCUGCGCGCAGCGGUUAGACUGUUCCCUGAGGUCAAGCUUCUCACAGAGGAUUACCAAGACAUCGGCGUUGCUAUCGAAAUUGAGGGUGUACUGCACAACCGAAAGCCUCUGCCCGACACCGGUAUUGAUGUGAUCUUCGUGGUAGACAACGGGUAA